AUGCCAUGUAGCGGUGCAUCACUUUGUCCAACAAGUCCCGACCAGGCUUAUAAUUACAGCCUCAACGAGGUCAACUACUCAUGGACGACCAACUCCUCGCUACCUCUGCACACAGAAACCAUACUAGGGACACACAUGAAUGAUGCUGCCAGCAGACACCACAUAAAUGCCAUGUUCAAGGGAAGCUCCAUCGCGUUGACGUUGAGUUUCUGUGUGCUGGUAUCGCUCUGCAGCACGUCGGUCCUCCUAGCUACACACUGGAUGAACAGUUACCGGAGUGUCACGUUUGUGUUCCUCCGCAGUUUGUAUGUCUCUGACAUACUCAUGUCAAUCUACGGCACGUCCAAGAUGACAAUGUUAUUGUUUAUUGAGCAGCUGAACAUCAACUUUUUCUUGCCCGAAAGUCUGUUCUUCACCGCUUCCUUGGCUUCCACGAUGUCUUUGAUAUUCAUUAACUUGGACUGCUAUCUGAAGUUAGCAAGACCUCUCCAGUACAAACAGGUAAAUAUCUUCAAGCAUGUGACAUGUAUCGUGUCGGUCAGGCACUUCCACACGCUACCUAAGCUAGACUUCAACUGUUUCUCGAGCCGGAUGGUUGAGAUUCAAAACUAUACGUAUUUUCACGGAACAAUCAUCUUAGAAUCCGUCCUGUGGUUAUGCUGCUACUUACCUUUCUUUAUUUACAUAGUCCUAACAUGCUCACAGUGUCUUCUAUCGGACUUCACGAAUCGAGACUUUGCUGUUAUAUACUUCAUACCUCUGUUCAUGACGAAGUCCCUACUCAGUUCAGUUUUACAGAUGGGAAGGACAUUUCAAGCUUACGAUCUUAUCAGCAGCCGCAUUUCAGGGAGUUCUAUAUUCAAACGUCUAAAGAAAAGAAGGCAGAUGAGAAUGGACCAAAAACACAGCGAUGUGACCCCUAUAUCUUUCAGCAAUCCACUAUGUGAAUAUAAUAACUUCAGCAGCCAUGGAGAUAUCCAAGUCGACAUGGAUCACACUCAGGCGAUUCUACAUCCACGCAGCAGAGUGAUGGAGUUUGUGGAAUUUAUCCAAGACACCGGUUGCUGCUUUAGUUCUGAAGGCUCAAGCACCAGUCUGGCGGGUUUUACCAACAGUUCCUAUCGGGCAUCUAUAUCCUCAAAACAUGCCGACGUGAUCUCGCAACAAACUACAACAUUGUGA